GCAAAAACGAAGAAGAAGAAGAAGAAGAAAAUCACACACACACACGCAUUCAUUUCCACUGCCUUCUUGCUUUCCCUCCCCUUAUCGCUCGCUUCCUCUCUCUCUCUUGCUCUCUUGCUCACGAUGCUGUCUGCCUUCCGUCUCCGCGCCGCCACGGCCGCCGUCGCCGCCACCCGCGCGACUCGCGUGUCUCGCAUGGCCCUCAGCACAGGCACCACCUACGAGAACCUGCAGGUGACUCGCGAUGAUGGCGUGGGCAUCAUUACCCUUCAUCGCCCCAAAGCCCUUAACGCCCUCUGCGACAAGCUCAUGUCGGAGAUGACACAAGUCAUUGACGAGUUUGAGGCCGACAACGACAUUCGCGUCAUGGUCCUCACUGGCAGCGGCAAGGCCUUUGCAGCUGGUGCUGACAUCAAGGAGAUGGUCCCUCGCACCUUCCAGGAGGUGUAUCAGGGCAACUUCCUGUCCUUCUGGGACCGUGUUGCUCACACCAAGAAGCCCGUCAUUGCCGCUGUGAACGGAUUUGCGCUUGGCGGCGGGUGCGAGCUUGCGAUGAUGUGCGACAUCAUCUACGCGUCUGACAAGGCCGUGUUUGGGCAGCCCGAGAUCAACCUUGGCACCAUCCCCGGUGCUGGCGGCACCCAGCGCCUCACUCGCGCCAUCGGCAAGUCCAACGCCAUGGAACUCGUCCUCAGCGGCGACAAGAUCAAGGCUGACGAGGCGAAGCAGAUGGGGCUGGUGAGCAAGGUCUUCCCCUCGGAGAACCUCAUGGACGAGACAAUGAAGCUUGCCCGUCGCAUUGCUGCGCAGUCGCUGCCCAUCCUUCAGAUGGCCAAGGAGGCUGUGAACAAGUCGCAGGAGCUCAGCCUGCAGGAGGGCCUCCACCUCGAGAAGCGCCUCUUCCACUCCUCCUUUGCCACGCAUGAUCGCAAGGAAGGCAUGACCGCGUUCCAGGAGAAGCGCAAGCCCAACUUCAAGGACGAGUAAGCUGCCCAGCCAGCGAGCCACCUCCAACUCAACUUUCCUUACUGUGUGAUCCCAGGGUGGCAUCGCGUCACGUGUCAAAUGAAUGUCACGCCUCGCUAAUGUUGUUCCUCUCCCUCCACACAGCACAUAAACUGACUCCAAACCAA